AUGCCGAGCCCGGUUCACCGCUUCUUCAACGCCUGGUUGGGCGUUCCAACCCUCACCGCCUGGCUCGCCAUCGAGCACCUCCCUUGGUGGGGCGUCUCCAAGGCAGAGAUGGUUAACACCGUCAUUGCGAACGCGGACGUGAUGCCCCCUGUGGUUGCCGACAUAAUUGAGUUGAACCGCGCCGAUCCUGCGGCUGCCGCGCGCCGCGCCGCCGGCGCUCAAGCCCGCCGUAACGCCAUUCUCGGAGCGCGCCUGAACGACCUUGAGGCCGAGAACGCCGGUCUCCGUGCUGAGGCCGCCGCGCUCCGCGCCGAUAUUGCUCCCCAGGCCGGCGACGCCGAACGCGUCCGCCACCUGUUCAAUGACGUCGAGGUACUCCGCCGCGCUGCCGAGGCCGACCAGGGCCGUCUCGACGACGUCGAGGUCGAGGCUGGCGUUCAGCGCACCGAGAUGCGCGCCCUGGCUCGCCUCGGUAACGAACAGCAGCGCCGUGUCGCCAACUUGGAGGCCGAGGCCGCGAUGCAGCGCGCCGAGGUCGCUGACCACCGCCAGGCGGCCCGCGACAACGAAGACCGCAUGCGCGCGCUCGAGGCUGAGAUCGCCGACCUUCGCCAGGCCGCCGAUGCGAACAACCGCGCUCGCAACCUCGCGCGUGCCGCCCGCCCUCGCGCCCACCCCUACUUCGUCGAUCCAGUCGACCCCGCCAUCAGUGGUGUCAAGCGUGCCCGCAAGCGCACCGCCAACUUCGCCUUGGCCCGCAAGGCCUACGAGAACGAGUAUUAG